AUGGCAGCAGCACUGAUAUCGUUAUUGAAUGAAGCAGCGGGUGAAUACGUUGAGUGCCUAGACAGGAGUCAGCUUGACUUCUCUGGUGCUUUAAGGGGGAAGUUGUUGCUGCGGCAUUUGCAGUUAAAAGAAAAGAUAUUUGCUUCUUUAGGGCUUCCUAUUGUACUUGAGUUUAAUUAUAUAGGGUUUGUAGAAGCAAAUAUCUCUGUCUAUGCAUUGGGUAGCUCUCCUAUACUUGCAGAGGUCAGGGAUGUAUUGCUGCUGCUGUCUAUACAGCCGAGCGAGCAGUGGAGUGCUGACUCAUUUCUUCAGGGUUAUCCGCAGCAAAAAGCAGCAGCAUUAGCAGCAGGAGAGUAUAAAGCUUUGUUUUCAUCCUUUGAGGGGGGUUUGCUGUGGCAGUUGCUGCUGCGGCUGCUCUCAAGCUUCACUGCACGUGUACGUAAUGUACACCUCAGAAUCGAAGACAGAUGCAGCAUCAGCAGCAAGCCAUUCGCUAUAGGUAUUUGUUUAAAAGAUGCUGUUCUGCAUGCAGCCCCAAGAGGAGGGGACUUCGCAGAACAAGGUGUAUGCCGAUCUAAUGGGGGGCUAGCUGAUGAUACUUUCUGCAAAUUUAUUUCUAUUGAUGGACUUGGUAUAUACAUUGAUUCAUUAGCUGUCCCUCCAUCAGUCUCUUCCCUGUCUCCUGAAGGUGUCUCCUCGCGGCACAGGCAAAGGAGACAGUCAAGGGCAACAAGAAGAAGCAGCAGCGGCAGCACCAGCAGCAGAUUUAGGGCCCAUUCAGCAGCAGACACACGCAGCUAUAACGAACGCUGCAGAGAGGCUUAUGAGGCUAUUACCGCUCAAGUGCUGCAGGAGGAGACAAACGGAGACAGCAGAGGAGACAAUGGGUUGCUGCUGCAUGCACAAGAAGGAAAGGGAGACCCCCUCGCUCUCCACCUUCUUGCACAGAAGGCCCCUUGGAGUAGGGCGCAGGGGAGACAGCAAAAGGAGACAGUUCGCUGCUCGCCGCUGUCUCCUUUCUGCUGCAACGCAGCUUCCUCUCAGUCUCAUUCGUGGGAGGAAGACCAACUGUCUCCUUCUACUUCCUGCAUAGAGUGGCGGCGCCCCUCUGUUUCUGAGCUUCACCUCAGCAGAGACAGCAGCAGAUGCAGCAGCAGCAGCAACAGCAGCAACAACGAAGACAGCAGCGAUCGCAGCAGAAGCAGCAGCAGCAGCAGCAACGAGGAGACUACAGAAGGUGUCUCCUCCCCCUCGCGGAGACGGGUGACCCGCAUCCCUGGACAGACAGACAGUUGGGUUCCUAUACUGCGUCGCUACUGCUGCAAGCGCACCCCCACAGUCAACCCUGCUGCUGCUGCUGCUGCUGAUGGUGCUCCUUCUGCUGCUGCAGCUGCAGACGGCUCCCCUGUCCGCAGCAGCAGCAGCCAGCAGCAACGUGGAGACACCCGCAGGCUCCGUUCCCAUGGGUUUAAUUCAUUAAAGAGUUUUUCUUCUCUUCAGGUGUCUCCUAAAGAGGGUCUCCAGAGGGGAGGGGGCCCGGGGCCCCCCUCUAGCUUUGUUAGGAGACCCUCCUUCUUACCUCCUGUCUCCUCCGCGAGGAAUGGGGGACCCAGGGAGGAGCUGCAGCAGCAGCAGUCAGAAGCAGCAACAGCAGCAGCAGCAGCUGGAGAAGCAGGCGAUGCUGCUGAGUUCAGGGAGGCCCUAGAGCAACUCCCCAGCGAGCAGCAUGAGGGCCUCCGCAAUAUCUACAGCAGCAGGAACAGCAACAGAGCAGCAGCAGACCAGACAGCAACAGCAGAAGACGGCUUCUAUGACGCAGAGGAAGCCCCUCUUCCUGAAGGAGCAGCAACAGCAGCAGCAGCAGCAAAGCAACCCUUGGAAGCCUCGUCUGAGCCGACGCCCCUUCCACACCAACAACAGGAGCAACAGCAGCAGCAGCAACAGCAGCAGCAGCAGCAGCAGCAGGAAGCUGAGCAUAUGCAGCCGCUAGACAAGGAGAGGCUGGAGGAGUUUAGGAGUUUUCUGUCUUUGUUGUGGGACAUACGCCAUGAAUAUGUUUUGUGUCCUGACACCUUUAGGGGCCAAGCGAAGUUAUUCUUAACGCUGGUGCCGACACUGCCUCCCGAUGGGCCCUUAGAGCGUUGCUGGAGCCCUUGGGGACAGCAGCGAGAAGCAGAGCGUCUUGAGAAAGAAAAAGAAGACAAGAAGCCUCCCUCUUCACUUCCUUCUUGCACUCUUUUCGUUACUUUACCCGCACUUAAACUCACACUCGAAGCUACACAGGCACUUCAACUCUGGAAAUGGCUUGAAUUCUGCUUCAUACUACACGGGGCUUGGCAGGCAGGUCUGUUGGGGACUUUAGAGAAGGCCCGUGCGUCUCCAGGAGACACUCAAAGGUAUCUCCUUUGCUGGCCUGUGAAGCUGCUGCGGUGUCCCCAACCUGUUGCUGUGCUGCGCGAUGCUGAGCGUCUCCUUGUCUCUCAAGAUGAUGAAGAGCUAGCAUCAAAGAACGAGACAGGUGUGCUUUUGCAUCAACCCAAACACCAGCAGGGGCAGCAGCAGCAGCAGGGGCAGCAGCUGCUGUGCGAAGAUGAACAGCAGCAGCACGGAGAAGAAGAUGUGCUGGAGGGACUCGAUACACUUGAAGCUGUUGAUGCCUUCUGCAACUCUUUCGAAGAGAGACACUCUCUACAAGUCAUCUGCGUGCUACGAGCAAAGGCCCUAAGGAG